AUGUCCUGCUCGGUGGAAUAUUUUUAUACCUCGUCUACGGAAUCCUUCUCGUUCCCAGGCCCCAAGCUUGCAGCAGCGACAUUUUGGUAUGAGUUCUAUUAUGAUCUUUUCCCACACAAAUUGCGCUACCUGUGGAAGGUGGAGGAAAUGCACAAGAAAUAUGGGCCAAUCGUUCGCAUCAACCCAAUUCACUUACAUAUCAACGACCCCAACUACUUCGAUGAAAUCUAUGCCGGGGGCAAGCGUAAGCGCAAUCGAGAUCCCUGGUACUACAGCUCUGAGUCAGAUGGCCCUCUGGGAUGGUCCGUUUUUCAGACUGUCGAUCACGAUGUCCACCGGAUGCGAAGGUCCGCGCUCAAUCGUUUCUUCAGCAAACGCUGUGUCCAAGAGCACCAGCAGAUGAUAAUCGACAAGAUUGAAAUUCUGUGUGAUCGCUUUGCAGAGGCUUGCCGCACAGGUGAUGUUGUUUCUCUAACCUUCGCUUGCGGUGCGCUGACAAUGGACGUUAUCUCGGCCUACGCUUUUGGAGCGAAGACGGACAACUUGAAGCGCAAGGACUUUGGAGCGGAGUAUCUCGUGGCAUACAGCAAACUGAGUCAAUUUGGCCCUGUCGGUCGACAGUUUCCUUGGCUUGCUAAGGCAUGUCUUACGCUGAUUCCGUCAAGCAUCAUGCAUCGAAUCAGCCCUUCCGCUGCCCUCAUUCCAAGGAAUCGACUUGUCUUCCGCGGUAUGAUUGAGGAAUCUGUCCGUCAACAGGAAGAAGAGGAGAGAAGUAAACCUGAAGUUCUAUUUGAAGCGGAGGAGUCUCAAAAGAAUAAAUCCAUCUUCGAGGAUAUUCUACGGAGCAACCUUCCGCCCAGCGAGAAAGCACCCGCACGCUUAGCGGCAGAGGCCAAUCUCUUGGUCAUUGCAGGUACUGAGACUACUGCCAGGGCUCUUUCGGUUGUCCUCUUUCAUAUCUUGGACAAUCCUCAGAUCUUAUUGCAGCUUAGGGAAGAACUGGCACCCCUCAUACCCCAUCCUGAUUCACGGAUGUCCAUGGCUGCUCUCGAAGCCUUGAGAUUUUUUCCGGCAGUAAUCACGGAGGGAAUCAGACUCUCUCAUGUGGUUUCAAGCCGAAUGCCUCGAUAUGCACCGGAGGAGACACUACGGUACGGCAAGUGGAUUAUACCCACGGGAGCCCGUGUGAUGCAAUCUCAUUAUCUGCAUCAUAUGAAUCCCGACAUCUUCCCGCAUCCUUACACGUUCAACCCGGAACGCUGGCUUGACAAUCCUGAGUUGAAACAAAAUUAUUUCAUGGGCUUUGGCAGAGGAUCUCGGAUUUGCCUUGGUAUCAAGUGA